GCGGCGGGGUUCGGGCUGCCUGUCCCCGGGAAGGGGGCGAGUUGACAGAUGUGCGUGAGGAGGUCCCUGGUCGGCCUCACCUUUUGUACCUGCUACCUGGCUUCGUACCUCACGAACAAGUAUGUCCUGUCUGUCUUGAAAUUUACCUACCCUACGUUAUUCCAAGGGUGGCAGACAUUCAUUGGGGGACUUCUGCUUCAUGUGUUAUGGAAGCUGGGCUGGGUGGAGAUCAACAGCAGUCUCAGAUCUAAUGUUUUGACGUGGCUUCCUGCUUCGGUGCUGUUUGUGGGUAUAAUCUAUGCUGGAUCCAGAGCCUUGUCCAGACUGGCCAUUCCUGUGUUUCUCACUUUGCAUAAUGUAGCUGAAGUUAUCAUCUGUGGGUACCAGAAGUGUUUUCGGAAAGAGAAAACAUCUCCUGCAAAGAUCUGUAGUGCCCUCUUCCUCCUGGCUGCCGCGGGGUGCCUUCCCUUCAAUGACUCCCAGUUUGAUCCAGAUGGAUAUUUUUGGGCUGUAAUUCACUUACUCUGUGUAGGGGCUUAUAAAAUACUACAGAAGUCCCAGAAACCCAGCGCAUUAAGUGACAUUGACCAGCAGUACUUAAACUAUAUAUUCAGUGUGGUGCUCCUGGCGUUUGCAUCUCAUCCCACAGGUGAUCUCUUCAGCGUCCUGGACUUCCCGUUCCUGUAUUUCUACAGAUUCCAUGGCAGCUGCUGUGCCAGUGGAUUUUUAGGAUUCUUUCUCAUGUUCAGUACAGUGAAGCUAAAAAGCCUUCUGGCGCCAGGACAGUGUGCAGCCUGGAUUUUCUUUGCUAAGAGUGAAGAGGUUGAUGAAACCUGUUCCCAAAAAGCAACUAGAAAGUUGGAAAAAGACUGUCAGAACAUCCCUUUCAGCUCUCUAACAAUUGACCAAAGGCAUACAACAAACUAAGAAGCAUUUGUUUCUGAAAACUACUGAACUUCGGGUAGGAACAGGAUGAAUUUGUGGCAUUUGUGUCUGUCAUCACUCCCAUCCUCCUGCUCGGCGCUGUCAGUGUGAUCGCUCAACCAGAGUAGGGCAGGCUGUGAAAACCACAAACUUUGCAGCUGCUUCCAGGAGGGGCUGACUCUCUUUGGAGGAUUGUCUGUUAAAAUGGCCAACUCAGUGGCAAAUGAACAGGAAAGGCCAGUAGCUGCACUAGCUUGAAUUUAUAGUCCUCUUUGGAGGAAGCAAUGGACCAGUGAUCUAGCUGGGCACUUCCUAGGUAGUUCUGGGAGGUGAGGCAGCCAUCAGGGGCUUGAUAGCUCUCCAUAGAUCCUAGAUUGCUGCUAGUCUGUGUGUGUGUGAGCAGCAGACAGGAAGCUGGCUCACAAUACCCAUACAGCCCUGGCCAGCAGAGCCUGUGUGCACACACAGAGGACGUGACAGAGCCAGCAGAAAGUAAAAGCUGGGGCAGACAUAAAAACAGCCUGAGGUUUGCAUGUGUUCCCCAGCCCACACACAGAGUCAGGAGCAGAGAGAAGAAGGUUCUUUGGCUCAAGCUACUGGAGCAAAACCUCUAACUCGUCUUUGCCAGAACACUAAGCUAUGCAGACAUGGGGAUAACCCCUAGAAGCCACAUUUAAAAAUAAAAACAAGAAAAAAAGUUGAGUAAGAAAUCAGCAGUUGUACCUUUUAUAGGACAGACUUAGUCCAGGAGUAUUACUGAAUAAGCAAAACAACAAUAAUGACUAUCCAGAAUUCAGAAUUGCUGCCAUAUAUUAUCUAAAAGUUUCAGUAUUCAACAAAAAAAAUUAGAGAUAUUCAGAGAAGCAAAAUGUGCAGGAAAAAAGCAGUUGAUAGGAACUGUCUCUGAGUGUCUGUCCUCAGAUAUAGGAUUCAGCUGAAAAAGACUACAAAGCAGCUAUUUAAAUAUGUUCAGAGAUCAGAAGGAAACUGUGUUUAAAGAAUUAGAGACUCAGUAAAUGCUGAAUCUCAAUAGAGAGAUAAAAUAAAAACAAAACAAAUGGAAAUUCUAGAGUUGAAAAAUACAAUAACUGAAAUGAUAAUUCUCUAGAAAGACUCAACAUUUGAAAUAGCAGAAGAAAGAAUAAGUGAACUAGAAGACAGAGCAAAUGAAAUUAUUCUAUCUAAAGAAAAGAUUUUUUAAACAUUGAAGUAUUAUAAACAGAGCCUCAGAUCUGUGUGACAUCAAGUACAUCAACAUAUGUGUAAAAAGAAAAAAUUGAAAAAAUAUCUGAAGAAAUGAUGGAUCAAAGCUGCCCUAAUUUGAUAAAAACAUUAAUUUAUAGACCCAAGAAAUUCAGUGAGCCCCAAGUAGGAUAAACAAAGAGAGAGCUAUACCUAGAUGCAUUAUAAUCAGACUUUUGAAAGACAAGAAAAUCUUGAAAGCAACAAGAGGAAAAUGAUUCAACACAAAUGGGAAAAAAAAAAUACAAUUAAUGGUUGACUUAUCGGUAACAAUGGGACCACUAGGCGUGGUGGCUCACACCUAUAAUCCCAGCAACUCAAGAGGCUUUGGCGGGAGGAUUGCUUGAAGC